AUGGUGCAAUACAUAUUCACGCCGUGGCGCGAGCGGGGGGAGCUGCUGGCGGUCCGGCGACAGUUUUACCCCAACCGCAACAACGACGACGACGAUAGCCAACAACGACAAACAAUACCGCCACAGAAUGGCGACGCCCAUACCGAACAGCAGCAAAACCAGCAGCGCGCCGUGGCCCGCGUGUCGGUGUGGAUGCACCGCGGCAACUGCCCGCACAUGGUCGAGUCGACGGCGCUCCUGACGGCCGCCAUCCUCGGCGACCAGCAGCUUGUGGCAUCGCCGGCGGCAGCGGCGGACGACUGGCUGGCUGGCGGGGGGCCCGUCUACGCGGUGCGGGCGGCGUACUCGGCCGCGUUCAGUCGCUUCGUCACGGGCCUCCUGGACAGCCACCAAGAUAAGCAGCGCAAAAUGUCCAUGUACGGGGUGGCCAAGAGCGUGGGGCUGCCGGCGACGUUUGUCGAGCUGCGCCACCAGGCGACGCACGAGCAGCUGCCGUCACUGACGCGCCUGCGCGCCGCCGCGAGACAGGCCCUCGACUGGAUCUGGGACUACUACUGGAAACACCUGCUGCUGCUGCUGCCCGAGCCUGCCGCCGCCGCUGCUGUGUCGUUGUCAGAUGAUAAUAGCAGCAGGAGUAGUAGCAGCCGACCGGUCACUUCUUCUGACAGCAAAUGCCGCGGCUUGCUCAUGCGGUAUCUCGAGACGGCGCCGGAGCAGGACUCUACGAGGGCGGCCCUGCUGGCGGACAUCCAGAGGCUCAACGAAGCCGAGGUGCUGACCACGCUGGACUCGAUCACGGAUAGCACGACCGACAGUAGGAUGGACUCUGGGCCGAUGCAAGAAGAGCACAUGGAGCGAUCAGCUUCGUCGCCGCAUCCCAAGGGGCCGCCGCUGCCGAGCUGGUCACUGUACGAGGAAGAUGACUGGGUGCCCAAGCCCAUCGGGGUGUGUCGGUGGGUGGGCUCUAGCGACAACUACGCCUACCUGGUCGUCGAUGACAAGUCCAAGGAUGCUGUUAUUAUUGAUCCGGCACACCCGUCCGAAGUUGCCCCCGUUCUCAAAAAGGCCAUACAGGACGGCACAAUCAACCUGACGGCCAUUCUCGCCGAGCUGGCAGGUAAACCCCUCGAGAUCAUCGGCGGCAAGGACUGCCAGCAGGUGACCAAGACGCCCAAGCACGGCGACACGUUCAACAUCGGCAGCAUCGCCGUCACGGCACUGCACACGCCCUGCCACACCCAGGACAGCAUCUGCUGGUUCAUGCAGGACAGCGACGACAAGGUCGUCUUUACCGGGGACACGCUGUUCCACGGCGGCUGUGGCAAGUUCUUUGAGGGCAACGGCGAGGAGAUGCACAAGGCGCUCAACGUGACGCUCGCUUCUCUGCCCGACGACACUCGAGUCUUUCCCGGCCACGAGUACACCAAGUCCAACGUAAAGUUUGCCCUGUCGGUUCUCCAGAGCGAGGCCGUCAAGGCGCUGAGCGCCUUUGCCGACGGAAACGAGGAGACGCAGGGGAAGUUUACCAUUGGCGAUGAGAAGGAACACAAUGUCUUCAUGAGACCGCAGGACCCGAAAAUCCAAAAGGUGACGGGCGAGACGGAGCCGGUGGCCAUCAUGACCAAGCUCAGGGAGCUGAAAAACAAUUUCAACAGACCUGCCAAACGACGCCAACCCGCAACGGCUGCCGACGCCGGCGCGUCAUCGGCAGCCCCCAAACCACGCGUGUCCAAGCUUGCCAAAGAGAACAACAUCACCGCCGCAGAGGAGGUUGAGAUCAAGGAGGCCUUUGGCCUCUUCGCCGAGCCCAUGGACGGAGAGAAGGAGGGCGUCAUUCCCAUUGGCGACGUGCGCCGCGCUAUGAUCGCCCUCGGCAUCCCGCCCAGCGACAGGGCCGAGCUGUCCCAGUUCACAGCGGUGCUGGACCCCGACGACGAGGGCUUCGCGACGUACGCGUCGUUCGUGGCCGUGUGCGCUCUCAAGCUGCAUGCGCGCGAGCACACGAGCGAGGAGCACGCGCGCGAGGUCGACGAGGCCUUCGCCCUGUUCGCCGGCGGCGCCGCCGACGCCCCCGCUAUCACCAUGGCCCACCUCAAGCGCGUGGCUGUCGUGCUGCGUGAGGACGACAUCAGCGAAGACCUGCUGCGCGACAUGAUCCUCGAGGCCAACGGCGGCGCCGGCAUCGGCCGCGGCGUCAAGAAGGACGAGUUCGACAACGUCAUGCGCCGCGCCGGCGUCUGGAGGUGA